AUGACAACUAUAAUAUUGAGUACUAAUUAUGAGUAUAUGGAUAAAGAAUCGAUUGAUAAAGAUCUAUUUUGUGACUAUUGUAAUAAUCCUUUAGCUGAUCCAAUUUCAACACCAUAUAAUCAUACAUUUUGUCGCGGCUGUAUUGAAAGUGAAUUUAAAAAAUCCGGUAGUACUUGUGCAAAAGCUGAAUGCAAAAAUAAAUCAACGACAAUGAAUGAUUUAAUUCCAAUUACUGAACGCAUCGUUUUAAAUAUGCUCGACCGGCUUCCUGUCAAAUGUACUGUUUGUGGAACAUUGAAUAUUCAACGUGGUUCUUUUGAACAGCACGCCGCAAAAUUUUGUUCGAAAUUAACUGUUAACUGUCCAGCAGCGGAUCUUGAAUGUCCAUGGAGUUGA